AUAGCUUUACUACAAUAACUUGACAAAAAAAUUGUAACACAACACAUCUACAGAGUUUGAAGCGUGCUAUCCAAGCUUCUAAGUUUUAAUAACAACAUUGUAUAUUCUACGCGCCAAAAAGCGCGCGUGUGUGAAUAAUAGAAGACUCUGUUGUCAAGUCGACGUAUAUCUUUGUCAUGUCUUCAAAGGAUCACGAGAGUCUCCAGCCAUUUUAUCCUGUCUUCCGCUCUUUUAUAUUUAGAAGACGAAACAAAAAAAACUGCAACUCUUAGAGAGAGAAAAAAAACAAAAACAAAAAAAAUCUAGAGGGAGAAGAAGAAACGCGACGUUCACAACAAUGCCGAGCAAGCUGAAAAAGGCGAUCGGAGCGGUCAAAGACCACACGAGCAUCAGCCUCGCCAAAGUCGCCACCGGAGCAAACGGAGGCGGCGAUCUCACCACCCUCGAGGUAGCCAUCCUCAAAGCAACAAGCCACGACGAGGACGUCCCGAUCUACGACCGCCUCGUAUCCGACAUCCUCGGAAUCAUCUCCUCGAAGAAAUCUCACGCCGCCUCCUGCGCCGCCGCGAUCGGACGCCGCAUCGGACGCACGAAGAACUGGAUCGUCGCGCUCAAAUCCCUAGUCCUCGUCCUCAGGAUAUUCCAGGACGGCGAUCCUUACUUCCCCCGCGAAGUCCUCCACGCCAUGAAACGCGGCGCGAAAAUCCUCAACCUCUCCUCCUUCCGCGACGAUUCGAACUCGUGCCCUUGGGAUUACACCGCCUUCGUCCGCACCUUCGCGCUGUACCUCGACGAACGGCUAGAUUGUUUCCUAACCGGGAAGUUACAGAGACGUUACACUAACCGGGAGCAAACCACCUCGUCUUCCAAAUCCCGGUUUAAUCCUAAAUUAAAUGAACCGGCGGUUAGAGACAUGAAACCGGUGAUGCUCCUCGACAAGAUCACCUACUGGCAGAGGCUCCUCGACAGAGCCGUCGCGACUCGCCCCACGGGAGACGCGAAAUCGAACAAGCUCGUGAGGAUGUCUCUCUACGCCGUGGCCCAGGAGAGCUUCGAUCUCUACAGAGACAUCUCCGACGGUUUGGCUCUCCUCCUCGACAGCUUCUUCCAUCUUCAGUACCAGUCUUGCGUGCACGCGUUCCAAGCGUGCGUCCGAGCCUCGAAGCAGUUCGAAGAGCUCAACGGAUUCUACGAUCUUUGUAAAUCUAUUGGCGUGGGACGCACGUCUGAGUACCCUAGCUUUCAGAAGAUCUCGUCGGAGCUUCUCGAGACGCUGCAGGAGUUUUUGAAAGAUCAGUCUUCGUUUCCGUCGCCUAGUGGUCUUCUCCCUCCGGCUCAGUCGACGGUUUCGAGUUCGCCUGAUACGUCGGAGAGGUAUUGGGACUGUGUUGGUGGGUCGUCGUUUCGGAGUACUUCUUUGGAGGAUUUGAUGAGCAGGACUGAUGAUGCAGGGACUAGUAGUCCUCCGAUGUCUUGUCAGUCUGAGCCUUACGGAGGAGGAGGGAGAGAUGAACUUAACGGGAAUAACUUCGAUACGGUUUCGACCAAGUCUCUUCCGAACAAGCCCUCUGUUUCUUCUGCGGAAGAGAAGAAGAAGCAAGAAGAUCAUACGAAGGUGGAGAGUUUUGAUCCUUGGGAGGCGUUGAUGUUGAGAGAUGAUCCGAGGAAGAACGUGAUUGCAACCACUGAGGAUCAGAGAGAUUCAGGGAACUGGUUGCUUGCGCUGGAAGAAACAGCUACGCAAGUGCAGCAGGAUGCUAACUCGAUGGCGAUAGUACCGUCGGGGAACUGGUUGCUUGCGUUGGAAGAAACAGCUACGCAAGUGCAGGAUACUAACUCGAUGGCGAUAGUACCGUUCGGAUUGAAUGAUCCGUUCCAAGCCACUACAGACCAAUACAACCCAUUCUUGGAAGAAUCAGCUGCGCCGUUAGCUGCGGAGUCAGACUUUCAGCCUUUACCUGAGGAAAUGAUGAUGACCACGUUCAAUGCCUUGGCUGUGACGGAGUUUCAGCCGGAACCGACAUUUCAGGUGAACUUUCCUGAAGAUUUUGAGCCGUCGUCUACACCGACGUUCAAGGCAACGAGGAGUUCGCCGGAGAAGUGUGAUCCAUUUGCAACAUUUGAGAGUUUUGGGUCUGGAGAGACUGUUUCAGAAAAUAGAGGGGUAAAGCAGCAAUCUGUGUUGCAAGAACAGCAGUUAUGGUUGCAGAAUCAAAACAAGAUCAUAGCUAAGCACUUGAUGUGAUCUUAAUUUGGCUAUAGACUGAGAUUGAGAUGCUUCUUUUGAUGUUUUGUUUUGUUAAGUUGUAAACUGUAACUAAUUUUUUCAUAACUAGGAGAAGAGUGAGAUACAACAAUUGUUUGACAUAUACACAAGAUAGUUUGUGCCUGAUGCAUUCACAUUA